UUAACGCAAGGAUAAAGGCUUGGGUUUGUUUUGUUUUUUUUUUUUAAAUGGGGGAGAAUAUCUGAAUUCUAUGGAGAAGAAGAAAGAGAAUUACAUGGCAAAUAUAAAAUUUUCCGAUGAGAAUCCGUCAGCACCUGAAUUUGGUGGAAGCAUCUUUGACAUGGCGGCAGGAGCAUGUGAAGGUAGUGGUGGAGAUAAGUGGGGGUCUUUAGGCUUCAUGGACUUGCUUGGUGUCCAUCAAGAUUUUGUUGCUCCUUCUUUAUUCGAUUCCUUUCAGCCUCCUCCGAUUCUUUCACCACCACCUCCACCAUCAUCGUCUGAAUUAGUACUUCACCAAGAUAUAUUACAUGAACAACUACAACUGGAUACUAAGCAACUACAGCAGCAACGGCUUCAAGGUCUUCCAUCGCCGGCUUCCACUAUACCGGAAUCUUCAGAGAUUUUAAACAACCCAGCAACAUCAAACUCUUCUUCGGUCUCUUCCUCAUCGAAUGAAGCUGCAAAUGAUGAGCAAACCAAAGCUGGGGAUGAUGAAGAACAGGAUCAGGAUCAAGACAAGACAAAGAAGCAGUUGAAAUCCAAAAAGAAGAACCAAAAAAGGCAAAGGGAGCCGAGAUUUGCGUUCAUGACUAAGAGUCAAGUUGAUAACUUAGAUGAUGGUUACAGAUGGAGAAAGUAUGGGCAGAAAGCUGUGAAAAACAGCCCUUAUCCCAGGAGCUAUUAUCGUUGCACUAGUGCAGGAUGUGGAGUGAAGAAGAGAGUUGAGAGAUCAUCCAAUGAUCCGACGAUCGUCGUCACGACUUACGAAGGGCAGCAUACGCAUCCAUGUCCGAUAACGCCUCGAGGAAGCAUCGUAAUCGUCCCGGAUUCAUCUAGUUUUUGUGCUGCUUCUGCUCAACCCUUUGUUUUUCCUCAACCUCAGUAUUUACUUCAUCAUCAGCAGCAAGUACAACCCCAUAUAUAUACCUCAUCGCCUUCUUUGAAUAUUACCCCUAAUACUAGCUCUAGCUUGAAUUCCUCUUUUCCUGUUAUUCGUCAAGAGAAACGUCUCAGUCCUAAUUCUUCAGCUGCAUUACUUAGAGACCAUGGACUUCUUCAGGAUAUUGUUCCAACCCAGAUGAGGAACAAGGGAAAGGAAGAAGAGUAGAAAUGGGUUUUAAUUAUAUGUUGCUGGUAUGUAGUUUUCUAACCAACUCAGGGGAUUUGUCUUUUAGACAAAGAGAACCCACUUCACCAUUUUAUAUAUAGUACUAGUACCUUUUUAUUCAGGUUAUUAAUUAUCUGUGUAAAAUGAUCGGUAGCCAUUUUAGUAUUUUGGGGGAGUACUACUCUCGUUUUAUACUUGGUUUUUCUUUUGGUUAUUCUUUGUAUUUAAAGAGUAUUCAACUAUGGA